AUUACGUUAUAAAUGUCAGAUAUAUAAGUAUCGCGGUACAUUUUAUGGUAGAUCUCAUCUAAAACACCAAUCGCUACACGUGUAUAGAUUCCCGCGAAUAGCGCUGAAAUCUCCACCACGGGCCUAAGACAGUUGUCUCUCGCCAUGGCGCUAGCAACGUGUACUAGACAUACAAGCAUACAAAGAGAAACAGAGUUGAUAAGCAGCACCUCGACCGACUCGUAACGGCUUGAACGGUCCCGCAUAAUCCGGAACCGGAAAGUACCCCGUCAACCCCGGAAUGGCCAGCCCUAGGCAAGGUUUGGUCCAUGAUGACUCAGAGUCUCUACGUGAAGACCAUGUUGCUAGCUCAUUUAACCAAGGCGACGAAGAAGUUUUCGAUGAUCAGAUCGGCAGCGGGUACGCUCACCAGUCGGUACUUGACCAUAAAGACAAGGGCAAAGCUCCUAUAAGGGUCCAUAGGGAUUUCGUUGACAGGAGAUAUUCUCAGAAUGCAGAGAUACCUAAUGCAAACCCGCAUUCGUACACAAACCCUACAAACCCCGAAAGUCGAAAUGAGAAUCUGGAGUCCCCCGAAUCUUCUGCUGCAUCUAGCGUGCUUAAUGAACCCUUAUCCGAGCAUGGUAUCAAACUAAAGACCCAGCUGCUGUCCCCCAAACCUAGUCUCGAGGCAUUAAGCGUAGAAUCCGACUGUGAAAGCUUUAGGACAGCAUCGCCCGGGCUAUAUCUAGACGAUGACCAAGAGCGGAAACAGGAGCAGGGGCAAGACGCAGAAUCGGAUCGCGAACCGGAGCCGCAGCCGUACCCGGCCGACCAAGAUCCGGUUGCAAGUGGGCCGCACACUAACCAGGAAGCCGGGUCACCGACUUUCCGGCCGCUCAGGUUCGGAGAUCCCGGGUGGGAGAAAUCGGCGGAUCGGCCGCCGGAGAAGCUACCUAUUCGAUUCAAAGAUGCCGUGGGCCGUAAAUUCGUAUUUCCUUGGGAAAAGGCUAAAACAUGGGCGGGCAUGGAACGUCUGAUCCGAAAUUGCUUUGUCUAUGUCGACGUGAUCGGGCCUCACGUCAUUAAAGGGCACUACGAUCUUUUUACCUUCCAUCUCCCCUUCUCGACAGAUACCGGCUUUGAAAUGGCGCCCCAGGCUGCGUCAGAACCAGUAGGCGUGCAACAUCCCGGGAUAGAGCCUCAUAUGGCCGGUACAUCGAAUCAACCUCCAAUCCCGCAUGCUCCAACCCCGCCGCCAGCUCCCACACUUACGCCCAUAGAACAAUCAGCCGUCACUAUCUUACCUGAGCUCUGGGAGGAUCUGGUCGAGCCAGGCAUGUUUAUACUGAUGCAAAUGUGGCCCAUGGCACCUCCGGCGAUGCCCCCUCCCCCAAUGCAACACCCUCCUGGCCCUCCUGGUAUCCUAGGUUAUGUUGGCGGCAGAGGCCGAGGCAGGGGUAGUGGUGGAGGAAGGGGUAUGGGCCCGCCUCUGGGACCACCUCCUGGGUGGAUGGUGGUAGAAAGACCGCCGAAGCCGAGAGGCAAGACGCGGAAGCGGCGGGAUGGGCCAUAGAUGUUAUACGAUAUGCGAUAUACGGGUUCUUUACGGUAGUAGAAGG